UGAUGUCGAUCAGCUGAGCACCAGUUUGGUUGAUAGGCUGGCCUGCCGUGUGCAGAGAACAUGUCAGUUCCACACGAUCCACCAGGACGUGCGCAUGUAUCGCCAGUAGCACCUCGUGACCAUUAUUAGAGGUUAGGGUCUUGUGCUUUCGUUCAUUGUUGGCAGUUCGUGCGAAGUAUGUGGUCUGGCUACAACAGCGACAUCGUAACUCGAGCGUGAUCAGUGCUAAACAUUUUGGAAACUGAAAUCACUGACGUUGUUAAAGGCUGUAUUCUGCUGUCACGAAGUAGACUAAAUCUUCUGAAAUCCUAAGGAUGCUACGUCUGGUGAGACUCAGUUUCGACUCGAUGGACCUGGCAGCCCUGCUGGUGCUGGUUGUACUCGUCUUUCUCAAGGAGUACCGCCCCUUAUGGAGUAAACUGAAAACUACAUCAUCACAGAAACUUCAGAGACGUCGCACAGUCCGAGAUAUACCUGGACCCUGCCCUGCCUUACCUAUACUGGGCACAAGAUGGAUAUAUUCUAUCUUCGGACGGUACAACCUGAACUUGGUGCACGAGGCCUACAGAGAUAUGUUUCGACGAUACGGGAGAAUUGUACGUGAGAGGGCGCUGUGGAAUUUCCCGGUGGUAAGUCUGUUAGAACGACGGGACAUCGAGAAAGUCCUCAAGCAUCAAAGUAAGUUCCCGCUGCGUCCACCGACAGAAGUCUUGGCGUGGUAUCGCCAGUCUCGGCCAGAUCGCUACACAACCCUCGGACUAGUCAACGAGCAAGGCGAAAAGUGGCACAUGUUGAGGUCUGUUCUCACCCCUGAGCUCACUAGCGCCAAGACCAUAUUGCGGUUUCUCCCAGAACUAAACCAAGUCAUUGAAGAUUUCAUAUCAGUUCUCAGAACGACACGUGAUAAGCGAGAUGUCGUAUCGGGAUUCGAGGAAUCUGUGAACAGGAUGGGUUUGGAGAGCACGUGCACCCUCAUCUUGGGGCGGCGCAUGGGCUUUCUCGAACGUGAAGUGGACGCCCUGGCAAACCGGCUGGCCGCCGCUGUUAAGGGCCAUUUCCGUGCCUCACGUGACACCUUCUACGGACUCCCAUUCUGGAAGGUGAUUCCCACUCGGUCCUACAAGUUGUUGGUGAAAAGCGAGGAGGAGAUAUAUGAUAUCGUGUCAGAUCUGGUGGAAUCGGCCUUGAAGGAAGAAAGAGACUCCUGUGCAAUGGACGCUGUUAACAGCAUCUUCAUGUCUGUUCUGAAAGCUCCAGGUCUCGAUAUACGGGAGAAGAAAGCUGCAAUAAUCGAUUUCAUCGCAUCCGGUAUGCAGACGCUUGGGAAUACGUUGGUGUUUGUGUUAUAUCUGAUCGCGAAGAAUCCCCGCGUCCAGGAACGCUUGUACGAAGAGAUUCUGCAGGUGGCUCCAGGACGCUGCCCAUUAACAGCUGAAACAAUCAGAAGAGCGAACUACUUGCAGGCCUGCGUGAUGGAAGCGUUCAGAGUCCUGCCUGUUGCCCCUUGCGUGGCGAGAAUAUUGGAGUCUGACAUGGAGUUGAGCGGGUACGUCGUGUCAGCAGGGACUGUGGUUCUGUGCCACACGUGGCUCGCGUGCCAGGAGGAGGCCAAUUUUACGGCGGCGCAAGAAUUUUUGCCGGAACGGUGGCUGCAAAAGGGGGAGAUGACACGCACAAGUCCGUUUCUCGUCGUCCCCUUCGGCUGUGGUCGCCGGAUUUGCCCCGGAAAACGCUUCGUGGAACAGGAGCUACACCUCGCAGUGGCCAAGAUUGUGCGAGAAUUUCAUGUGGACUUCGAAGGAGAACUUCAGAUUCAGUUUGAGUUUUUACUUUCUCCCAAAGCGCCAACGAACUUCAUCUUUCACGAUCGAAUGAACUGACUUUAAAUUAACGUCCAGAAUGACAUGACUGCACAUCUACCUCUCCAGUGGCUGUGACCUGUUUAAGGUCAGUGGAAGCUUAGCAUCACUUGACAAAGUUG